CGCGGGGGUCUGCAGGAAGAAGGAGGAGGCCGGGGCCCGGACCCUCGCGGCAGACAUGGACUUGCAUUGUGAUUGUGCUGCCGAAACGCCGGCCGCCGAGCAGCCGUCGGGGAAGAUUAAUAAAGCCGCUUUCAAAUUAUUCAAGAAGAGGAAAUCGGGUGGCACCAUGCCCAGCAUUUUUGGGGUCAAAAACAAAGGGGAUGGGAAAGGCUCGGGUCCGACGGGCAUGGUGAGGAGCCGGACCCACGACGGCUUAGCGGAGGUGGUGGUGCUGGAGAGCAGCAAGAAGGAGGAGCCACGCGGCGGGGGCGACAGCGGGGGCGGCGGCGGGGGUGGCCGCAGCGGGGGGCGGCCGAACCCGGGUCCCCCCAGGGCGGCCGGGACCGGCGUGGGCUCCCUGGCCAACAGCUCGGUGGCGAAGUCGCACAGCUUCUUCUCCCUGUUGAAGAAGAACGGGCGAUCGGAGAACGGCAAGGGCGAGCCGGCGGACGCGAGCAAGGCUGGCGGCAAACAAAAGAGAGGGCUGAAGGGGCUCUUCAGCAGCAUGCGCUGGCACAAGAAGGACAAGCGGGCCAAGGCGGAGGCGAAGGGCGAGCGCGCGGGGGCCCCGGGCGGCCUCAUUCUGCCGGGCUCGCUCACCGCCAGCCUGGAGUGCGUCAAGGAGGAAACGCCCGGACCCGCCGGCGAGCCGGAGAAGCCCAGCAGGGACGCGCCGCGAGACCCAGCAGGCUGUGGAGAUAUUAUUGCAGACCAAGAGGACGAGGCAGGUCCCAGCUGUGACAAGCAUGCCCCCGGGCCAGGCAAACCAGUUCUGUCUAAAAAGAACCCCGGCGUGGUGGCCUACCAAGGAGGAGGGGAGGAGAUGGCGAGCCCGGAGGAGCUGGACGACACCUAUCUCCAGGAAUUCUGGGACAUGCUUUCCCAGACUGAGGACCAAGGACCAGGGCCCCAAGAGGGAGCGGCCAAGGCUGCGGCAGCCCUGGAAACCAAGGUGGUGGGCGAGACGUCCAAAGACGCCAGGUGUGCGGAAGGGGCCAAGGACGUGUCCUUGGGCAAGCACAGGAGGCUCAACCGGAUUCCCAUCGAGCUCCAUCCCAAGGAGGAACCUAAACAGCCCGAGAAGGAGCAGCAGGAAGGCAUCCCCAAUAGUGACGAGGGCUACUGGGAUUCCACCACUCCGGGCCCGGAGGAAGACAGCGCGGGCAGCGGCAAAAAGGCGGGCGUCCCCCGGGAUAGCUACAGCGGGGACGCGCUCUACGAUCUCUACGCAGAUCCGGAUGGAAGCCCGGCGGUCGUUCCCGCCAACGAGGAGACGUCCUGCUUGUCCCGGUUAAAGCCUGUGUCUCCAGGCACCAUCACCUGUCCACUGCGAACACCAGGGAGUUUGCUGAAGGACUCUAAAAUCCCUAUCAGCAUCAAGCAUCUCGCGAACCUUCCAUCCAGCCAUCCCGUAGUGCACCAGCAACCAGUCAGGAGUGAGAUGCCCAGAACGAAAAUCCCAGUUUCCAAAGUGCUGGUCCGCAGGGUCAGCAACCGGGGUUUGGCUGGGACCACCCUCCGGGCAGCGGCGUGCCAUGACAGUGCCAAAAAGUUGUGAGGUCUCCGAAGCCAAGGUGGAUGGACCACAUGUCAAGGAAUACAACUUUCCCUGGAAACCACUCAAAUAAGUUUUGCUUCUCCUAAAGAAAAGCUUUUAGGACCAUCCCAGCUCCAGAGCCUAGACCGAGGAGGUCUCUGUGCCGCCAGCAGGGGCAGGAUACACCAGAGAGGGGGUGCUACACGUGGGAUUCUCCUCUCCAGAUAAGUUCCCUGAGAAUUAUUUUCAAGCACUUUUAGUUUUUUACCUUUAAAAAAAAUCACUUUUUUCUUUUUUCCUUUGAUGCACUGAACACUUGGAAGUCACCUUUACUUGCCUUUGCAGAAAACAGGACUUAACCAAACCUAUGUAAGCAUCACGCCAUGAUAUUUGGCGGGGCCAGGGCCCAGAGAGGGCCUGGAGGAACGACUGCCAACACCAGAGGAGCCCCUCCUCUUCCAUGACACUUUCCUUCCUUCCUUCCUUCUUUUCCUUUUUCUUUCCAG